CCAUAUAAAGAGCCCAAGAAAUCCACUUCCACGUUGCUUCACGUGUUACGCCAUUUUCUCACGAGCCCCACCCUGUAGGUGCGGUAAUAAUGAUGGCCGCUUGCGGGUCUUUCUUCUCUAGGAUAAUAAAUCGUACUACUACUCCUUCUAGUGUUCUCAAAUUCGUUAGACCUUAUACUGUGGGAGAAGUAAAUGAAGAAUUUAGUGUGCGCCUUCUUGAUGGAGAAAACAAAGGAACUUGUCUUUUUGUGUUGAACAAGCCACAGACUAAGAAUGCUAUAUCAGUCAGUUUUGUUGAUAAGUUAGAGGAAUGUUUGCACACGGUCAGACACAAUAAUGAGAUAAGGACUCUUAUACUCAAGAGCAAUGUACCACGGACAUUUUGUGCAGGGGCAGACUUGAAGGAACGCUUGAAAAUGAAGGAGAGCGAAGUGGCUCCUAAAGUGGCCAGAAUGCGUUCAGUGGUAACUGCACUAUCAGAGCUUCCUGUUGCAGUGAUUGCAGCAAUGGAUGGUCUAGCCUAUGGAGGUGGUCUUGAGAUUGCCCUUGCUUGUGAUAUAAGGAUAGCUGCCAAUGAUGCUAAAAUGGGUUUGGUUGAAACACGACUUGCAAUAAUCCCUGGUGGAGGCGGAACACAGAGACUCCCGCGACUUGUAGGAAUAGGCAAAGCAAAGGAGCUGAUAUUCACAGCUAAAGUCUUAACUGGAGCAGAAGCUUUUGAUAUAGGACUAGUAGAACAUGCAGUGGAACAGAACGAUGAAGGGAAUGCAGCGUUUCUUAAAUCACUAGAAAUAGCAAAAGAGAUAGGGACCAAAAGUCCUAUCAGCAUUGCUAGUGCUAAGCAUGCGAUUCACUUUGGAAUGCAGGCUGAUAUUGCUACUGGUCUAAAGGUUGAAGAAGCAUGUUAUUCUCAAACAUUGAAAACUGAGGAUCGUAUUGAAGGGCUGAAGGCAUUUGCUGAGAAAAGAGCUCCUGUGUAUAAAGGAAGGUGAAAAUGACUUUCAAUUCUCGGGUCUUUUGUUUUACUGAACAAUAAAUAAAAACUUAUUAUUUAUGCACAAUUCU